AUGUAUGUUAUUCAAUUUUUAUUAUUUCUCUUUUUUCUUAAACCAAUUUAUACAGCAAUUCAACGUCUAACACCAAUAUCAUUAAAUGAACAAAGUUCAAUUGGUACAUCUAUAUACGAUUUAAGUCGUGUUUAUUCAUCAUCAUCGAAUUUAUAUAAAUUUUCUUUUCUAUCUGAUUCAAGUCCACAUAAUUCAUUUUUUAUUAUUGAUUCUUUAACAGGACGUAUUUCUAUAAAACGUAUGAUCGAUCGUGAAGAAUUAUGUCAAACACAUAUAUGUAAUUGUGAACGAUGUAUAUUAACAUUAGAAAUUAUAGCAUCAUCACAAACUAUUGAUAUAUUAUCAUUAGAUAUAACAAUUAUAAAUAUAAAUGAUAAUCAACCAAUAUUUCCUGUAACAACAUUUCAUAUUCGAUUAUCAGAAAAUACUGAUAUUGGUUAUAUAUCAUCAUUUCCAUCAGCAACGGAUCUUGAUUAUCAAGAUUCUAUUGAAUAUCGUAUUAUAUCAUUUAAUGAAUCAAAUGAUCAAGACAUUUUUGAAACAUUUUCUAUUGUUAAUUUACAUACGAAAAAUCAACUUGGUUUACGUUUAUUAAAAACUCUUGAUCGUGAAAAACGAAAUUUAUAUAAAAUGAUAAUUUUAGCUAGUGAUAGCGAACUUACAGGACAAUUAUUACUUGAUAUUCAUAUACUUGAUUCAAAUGAUAAUGUACCAAAAUUUGAACAUGAACAUUAUUAUAUUAAAUUACAAGAAAAUACUCCAAUUGGUACAGAUAUUCUUCAUAUACAUGCUUAUGAUAAUGAUGAAGGUUUAAAUUCUUUAAUUAAUUAUACAAUUAUAACAAAUAAUCCCUUAUCAUUAUUUCCAUUUGAAAUAAAUAUUACAACUGGUAUUAUUAAAUUAAUACAUUUAUUAGAUUAUGAACAAGAAACAAAUUAUCGUUUUAAUGUUCGUGGUCGUGAUAAUGGUCCCGAUGCAAUUAAUGUUUAUACACAAGUUCAAAUCGAUAUACUUGAUGUCAAUGAUUGUCCGCCAGAUAUUGAUUUUAUUUUACCAGAUAUUGAAUCUAAUAAAAUUGAUCCACGUAAACAUAUUUAUUAUAUUGAUGAAGAACAAUCAAUGAAUACACGUUUAUUUCAUUUAAGUGUUAGUGAUAAAGAUUCAAUUAACGAUAAAAUACAAUUAAAAUUAUUAACAUAUACAAAUCUAUUUCAAUUAAAUGAACAAUAUAAUGAUUUAUAUAGUUUAUCAGUUAUUGGAAGACUUGAUAGAGAACAACAAGAACAGUAUCGUUUAACAUUUGAAGCACGAGAUCAAGGUAUUGGACCAUCAUUAAUUACUCGAAAAGAUAUAACAAUUGUUCUUCUUGAUAUAAAUGAUUCACCUCCAAUACUUGAUUCAUAUUCAACUCCAAUAAGUAUCAAUGAAAAUAAUUUACCUAAUAUUAAACUUAUUCAAUUUCAUGCUCAUGAUUUUGAUGCAGCAAAUACAUCAAAUAGUUUUUUAACUUAUUCUCUUAUUCUGUCAAAUAAUUCUCGAUUUUUUCAACUUGAUCCAAUAACUGGAAUUCUUUCUGUUGGAAAAAAUAUAUCAUUUGAUUAUGAAUAUCAAUCAAAAUAUGAUUUAAUAUUAAAUAUAAGUGAUCAUGGUAAAAAUCCAAAACAUCUUGAAACUUUACAUUCAUUUAUUGUUUAUAUAAAUGAUUUAAAUGAUAAUAAACCAAAAUUUCAACGAGAUUCUUAUUCAUUUCGUGUAUUAGAAAAUAUACCUGUUGGUACAUUAAUUGGUCAAAUAAAAGCUUUAGAUCUUGAUGCAAAUACAACUAUUCAUUAUGAAUUAACAUGUAUUGAUGAUCAAGAUGUAUUUGAAAUAGAUUUAUUAAAUGGUCAAUUACGUACAAAAGCAUUACUUGAUUAUGAAAAUCAUUCAAUACAUCGUUUAUAUGUUAUUGCAAAAGAUAAUGAUUAUCUUCAUUCAGAUCGUGUAACAAUAACAAUCGAAUUAAUUGAUGUUAAUGAUAAUACACCAGUAAUUGAACCAUUAUCAGCUGUUUAUAUUCCAAGCGAAUUAUUAGAAACAAGUCAAUCAAAAAUAAUUACAAUUACAACAAUAGUUGCACAUGAUCGUGAUUCUUAUAUGAAUGGAAAUUUAACAUAUACAAUUAUUGAUGGUAAUCAACAUGAAUAUUUUCAAAUAAAUUAUUUUAAUGGAACAAUAUAUGCACAAUCAAAUAAUUUACCUCAAGGACAUCAUCGUUUAACAAUAAAAGUAUGUGAUCAAAAUGAAUUAAAUCCAAAAUGUUCAACAAUAAUUAUUAAUAUUAAAGUUGGAGAAUAUAUUAAUAAAUUAUAUUAUACAACAUCAUUAAAUUCACAACAUUUAUUAAAUAAAAUUCAACAAAAAGAAUAUUCAUUUGAAUAUGAUACAAUUUUAACACGUGAAAUAAUCCUUGUUGUUAUUAUAUCAACUAUUCUAACAUUAGUAUUUAGUAUAACAAUGGGAAUUUUAAUAGCUUGUUUUUGUAAACAAAAACGUUGUCAACAUUUAAAUCGAUCAUCAUUAAAAAAACCAUGUGAAUUACUUCAAUCAACUGAUGCUGAUAAACUUCUUACGACAAUAUCAACAACUAAUAAAUUGACUGGACAUCAUCAUAUUGAAGCAUAUGAUGAAAUAAAACGUUCAGCUGGUGGUGGAAGUUCAGAAGAUAGUUGUUAUGGAAGUAAUGAUUUAUCACGAUCAAGUUCAAGUGCACAUGGUGUUGCACGUCCUCUUCUAACAGCACAACAUCGUUCAUCAAGUUUAAGUUCAACAAGUGUUGAUUAUGCUGUACCGACACAGCGACAACAAUCAUCAGCGAAUAAUAAAUCAGCAACAGUGGUUCUUGUAGGUAUACAUCAAUCGAUUAGUAGUGUUGAUGAUAAUAUUCAACAACAACCGAAUCAUUUAAAAACAUUUCAUUCCCCUGCAGCAUCAUCAUCUUCAUCAAAUCAUUAUAAUUUAAAAAAGACUGUACAAGCUUUAACGAGAAGACCAAUAGCAGAUUUACAAUCAACAUAUUUAACGUAUGAUUCAAUUGAUGCACCACCACCACCACCUCCUCCUCCUCUUGCUUCUUCCAAUAUGAUUUAUCCUAAUCAUUCAUCUACAUCAUCCUCAUCGGCUGCUAGUUCAACAUCCAGAGAAUACAGUAUUUGA